AUGGAAGGCUUAGUCAACAUGACACUAAGAAAUGCCAGUGCUGUGAUUGAAUUCAUUCUUCUGGGAUUUGCUGACCUUCCCAACUAUCAAGGAUUUCUGUUUGGUAUUUUCUUGCUCAUCUAUAUGAGUAUUCUGGUGGGAAAUGGCCUCAUCAUUUUAAUUACUAAGGUAAAUUCCACUCUCCAAACACCCAUGUAUUUUUUUCUUAGACACUUUUCCUUCCUAGAAAUCUGUUACACAUCAGUGAUCUUUCCCAGAAUGUUUAAAAACCUUUUGACGCAAAAGAGAAAUAUUUCUUUUCUUGCCUGUGCUAUGCAACUUUGUUUCUUUCUUAUUUUGGGAGGCACUGAGUGCUUUCUCCUGGCUGUGAUGGCUUAUGAUCGUUAUGUAGCAAUAUGUAAUCCUUUAAAUUAUCCUCUAAUCAUGAACCAAAAAAUUUGCAUCUGUUUGUUGACUGGCUCCUGGAUCAGUGCAAUUCCUAUUCCAAUAGGACAAACAUACCAGAUUUUCUCUCUUCCCUUCUGUAGUUCUAAAUCCCUCAAUCAUGUUUUUUGUGAUAUGCCUCCAUUACUAAAGCUUGCCUGUGGGGACACCAAAGUGAAUGAAUUAUAUUCUUAUGCUGGCGCUUUCCUAUCUGCUAUUGUACCAUUUCUAAUGAUACUUCUAUCCUACAUCAAAAUCAUUGCCACAAUCCAGAAGCUUCCAUCAGCCAUAGGGAGACAUAAAGCCUUUUCCACUUGUUCAUCUCAUCUAAUAGUAGUAAGCCUAUUUUUGGGGUCAGGUAUCAUUUCAUAUUUUUUACCAAAUUCCAUAAAACCAGCAGGAGUGGACAAGAUUCUUUCUCUUCUGUACUCUAUUGUGACUCCAACACUGAAUCCCCUAAUAUAUGCUUUAAGAAAUAAAGAUGUUAUUGUGGCAUUGAAGAAACUCCAACCGAGGUAA